GGUCGUCCGGUCAAACUCCAUCUGGCGGGUCCUUCUAUUCAUACAGCAACAUGGAUUGGACAAUCGGAUGGCAGUCGAACGAUAGCCAUUUAUCGAUUCACCAGCGCGAGACUGAACCGGUGGCACCACUUUCCCCAGCCCCCUCCUAUAAGCCUCCCAAUUGUCUCGGCCCCGCUGAGCACCCUCCAAACACGCACACCCAUACACGACCACACCAUGUCCGCAGCCGACGCGAAGGCACAGAAGAGGCAGAAGUUCGAGGCCGUGUUCGCCAAGUUGCGCGAUGAGCUGCUCGAGCAUUUUGCCGCCCAGGGCAUGCCGGAGGAUGCACAGAAGUGGUACCGAAGGAAUUUGGAAUAUAACGUCCCUGGUGGCAAGCUGAACCGCGGGCUGUCUGUCGUCGACACAGUCGAGAUCCUGAAGGGACGGUCAUUGACGGAGGAUGAGUACUUCAAGGCGGCACUCCUUGGCUGGUGUGUCGAACUGUUGCAAGCCUUCUUCCUCGUAUCAGACGACAUGAUGGACCAGUCUAUCACCCGGCGAGGCCAGCCAUGCUACUACCGGGUCGAGAAUGUGAACCUGAUAGCCAUCAACGACUCGUUCAUGCUCGAGAUGGCCAUCUACUACCUCAUCAAGUCGCACUUCCGCUCAGAACCAUGCUACAUUAACCUGGUUGAGCUGUUCCUCGAGACUACCUACCAAACAGAAAUAGGUCAACUGAUCGACCUCAUUACCGCGCCUGAGGAUCAUGUCGACCUCAGCAAGUUCUCCCUCCAAAAACACCAACUCAUCGUCAUCUACAAGACCGCCUACUACUCCUUCUACCUCCCCGUCGCGCUCGCGAUGUACAUGUGCGGCAUCCCGCACGCGUCGUCCGGGUCGUCCGGCACGGACCCGUACGCGCUCGCCAAGUCCAUCCUCGUACCGCUCGGCGAGUACUUCCAGGUGCAGGACGACUUCCUCGACUUCGCGGGCACGCCGGAGCAGAUCGGCAAGGUCGGCACGGACAUCAUCGACAACAAGUGCUCGUGGUGCGUCAACACCGCGCUCGCGCAGGCGACGCCCGCGCAGCGCGCCGUGCUCGACGCGAACUACGGCCGCAAGGACGCGCAGGCGGAGGCGCGCGUCAAGGCGCUCUACGAGGAGAUGGGCAUCCGGGGGAUAUACGAGGAGUACGAGGAGGCGGCGUACAAGCGCAUCAUGGGCCUCAUCGAGACGAUUCCCGAGACCCCGGUGGCGAAGCCUGGGGAGGUGGUGCUGAAGAGGGAGGUGUUCAAGAGCUUCUUGGGCAAGAUCUACAAGAGGCAGAAAUGAGGGGCCGUGGUCGUCUCGGUGCGCGUGUUGAAUAUCUUUGGCAUAUACGUUACACAUUGUUGUCUAUUACAUUGCUUCUUGUCCCCCGCGACGCUGCUUAGUGGCAUGUCGUUCCGAUGAUCGAGCAGAGGCCACUCCCGCUGCCGUAAAGGGGUUAGCUUUGGCACAUAACAACGCUUUGACAAUUUGCCACCCCAAGCGAACGCCAUCGCCCUUGUGACGGACCAUGAUCGUGUGGCCGGCACGCCGUGCCUGUGCUUUGGCCACGAGCCCCUGUGGUACUUUGACGUCUUUGACCGUUCCGUAGCAACCACGCAGGCAUUGUUCGCAAACUUGAAAGGUCCUGAUCAGCAGGCCGUUCCACAGGUAUA